GGUGGUGCCGGGCCCCGGGGCGGGGGGCGCGCCGGGAUGGGCCCCAAGCGGCGGCAGCUGACGUUCCGGGAGAAGUCGAGAAUCAUCCAGGAGGUGGAGGAGAAUCCGGACCUCCGCAAAGGCGAGAUCGCACGGCGCUUCAACAUCCCGCCGUCCACGCUGAGCACCAUCCUGAAGAACAAGCGCGCCAUCCUGGCGUCGGAGCGCAAGUACGGUGUGGCCUCCACCUGCCGCAAGACCAACAAGCUGUCCCCUUACGACAAGCUCGAGGGAUUGCUCAUCGCCUGGUUCCAGCAGAUCCGUGCCGCGGGCCUUCCCGUCAAGGGCAUCAUCCUAAAGGAGAAGGCGCUCCGGAUAGCCGAGGAGCUGGGCAUGGACGACUUCACUGCCUCCAACGGCUGGCUGGACCGCUUCCGCCGGCGCCACGGUGUGGUGUCCUGCAGCGGCGUGACGCGUGCCCGGGGCCGCAACUCUGCCCCCAGGGCCCCAGCGGCACCUGCCAGCCCAGCCGCGGUGCCCCCCGAGGGCAGUAGUGGGAGCGCACCUACCUGGCACGCAAGCGAAGAGCAGCCACCCUCGGUGGCCGAGGGCUACGCCUCGCAGGACGUGUUCAGCGCCACCGAGACCAGUCUGUGGUACGACUUUCUGCCCGACCAAGCUGCGGGGCUCUGCGGAGGCGAUGGAAGGGCGCGCCAAGCCACCCAGCGCCUGAGUGUCUUGCUAUGUGCCAACGCCGACGGCAGCGAAAAGCUGCCCCCAUUGGUGGCUGGCAAGUCCGCCAAGCCCCGUGCAGGCCAAGGCGGCCUUCCCUGCGACUACACUGCCAACUCGAAGGGAGGUGUCACCACCCAGGCUCUGGCCAAGUACUUGAAGGCUCUGGACACCCGAAUGGCUGCAGAGUCCCGCCGGGUCUUGCUGCUGGCCGGCCGCUUGGCUGCCCAGUCCCUGGACACUUCAGGCCUACGGCAUGUGCAGCUGGCCUUCUUCCCUCCGGGCACUGUGCAUCCGUUGGAGCGGGGAGUAGUUCAACAGGUGAAGGGCCACUACCGCCAGGCCAUGCUCCUCAAGGCCAUGGCGGCCCUGGAGGGCCAGGAUCGCUCAGGCCUACAGCUGGGCCUCAUGGAGGCUCUGCAUUUCGUGGCUGCAGCCUGGCAGGCAGUGGAGCCUUCGGACAUUGCCACUUGCUUUCGGGAGGCUGGCUUCGGGGGUGGCCCUAAUGCUACCAUCACCACCUCCCUGAAGAGUGAGGGAGAAGAAGAGGAGGAGGAGGAAGAGGAGGAGGAGAGCUCCUCUGAGGGCUUGGAGGCUGAGGACUGGGCCCAGGGAGUAGUGGAGGCUGGUGGCAGCUUUGGGGGUUACAGUACCCAGGAGGAGGCCCAGUGUCCUACCCUCCAUUUCCUGGAAGGUGGGGAGGACUCUGAGUCAGACAGUGAGGAAGAGGAAGAAGAUGAGGAUGAUGAGGAAGAUGAUGAUGAAGAAGAUGACGAUGAUGGUGAUGAGGUGCCUGUACCCAGCUUUGGGGAGGCAAUGGCUUACUUCGCCAUGGUCAAGAGGUACCUGACCUCCUUCCCCAUUGAUGACCGUGUACAGAGCCACAUCCUCCACCUGGAACAUGAUCUGGUCCACGUGACUAGGAAGAACCAUGCCAGGCAGGCAGGAGUUCGGGGUCUUGGACAUCAAAGCUGAGCCUCUGAGCGUAGCUGCACCCAUGACCCAAAUGGGCAGCAUCAGCCCAGGGCAGAGAACUCUCUGGGAUGGAGCCAGAUGGGGGAGCCCCAGGGCCUUUACUAAUGCUUCCCCUGGCCUUGAGACAGGCCCAGGGGCUGAGGUCUGCCUCGCUGCCUGCUUAUUGCCUCUUUCUCAGAAUCCUCUUUCCUCCCCAUUUGCCCCUGGGCUCAGGGGAACAGGUGGGGUGGGUGGGGAGCUGUCCGGUGCUACCACACCAUGCCCUCGGUGGACUAGACCACAGCAGCGGCCAGGGGUAGCCCUGAAAGCUCCCGGCCAGAGAGUGCCUCUCCCCCUGCCGUCCACACCAGGUCUUUGGUGGGGGGACCCCAAAGCCAUUCUGGGAAGGGCUUCAGAGCAAGGUCCAGCCUAGGCCCCCACAAGGCUGGCAGCCCCCCACCCCACCCCAGGCCACCUUGAGAAGCACAGUCUAACUCACGGUGGGCUCCUGAGCCCACCUCUGCUUGCUUUCCAUCUCCCCAGCUCCUUUCUCUGGCCCAUCUGUGUGACUUUGGCCCUUGGUUUUCUUUCCAGAUUGGAGGUUUCCAAGAGGCCCUCCAUGGGAGUGACAAUGGCGCCUCCCUCUUGGGCAGCUGCAGGCCCUGUGCCUCUCAUUCCUCUCUGGCAGGGCCCCAUCCUGGGCAGAGGGGCCUGGGGCUGGGCGCAGAGUCCAGCUGUCCAGCUGCUCCUUUCCCAGUUUGAAUUCAAUAAAUCUGUCCACUCCCCUUUUGUGGGAGUGAACGUUUUAACAGCCAA